AUGGCUGAUGCGCAGAACAUUUCGCUAGACAGCCCAGGGAGCGUGGGGGCCGUGGUGGUACCCGUGGUGUUCGCCCUCAUCUUCCUGCUGGGCGCUGUGGGCAAUGGGCUGGUGCUGGCUGUGCUGUUGCAGCCCAGCCCCAGUGCCUGGCAGGAGCCGGGCAGCACUACGGACCUGUUCAUCCUCAACCUAGCAGUGGCCGACCUCUGCUUCAUCCUGUGCUGCGUGCCCUUCCAGGCCGCCAUCUACACGCUGGACGCCUGGCUCUUCGGGGCCCUCGUCUGCAAGGCUGUGCACCUGCUCAUCUACCUCACCAUGUACGCCAGCAGCUUCACGCUAGCCGCCGUCUCUGUGGACAGGUACCUGGCCGUGCGGCACCCGCUGCGCUCGCGGGCCCUGCGCACGCCGCGCCACGCCCGCGCCGCCGUGGGCCUCGUGUGGCUGCUGGCGGCGCUCUUCUCGGCGCCCUACUUCAGCUACUACGGCACGGUGCGCUACGGCGCGCUCGAGCUCUGCGUGCCCACCUGGGAGGACGCGCGCCGGCGCGCCCUCGACGUGGCCACCUUCGCCGCCGGCUACCUGCUGCCCGUGGCGGUGGUGAGCCUGGCCUACGCGCGCACGCUGCGCUUCCUGUGGGCGGCCGUGGGCCCCGCGGGCGCCGCGAUGGCCGAGGCCCGGCGCAGAGCCACGGGCCGCGCGGGACGCGCCAUGCUGGCGGUGGCCGCGCUCUACGCCCUCUGCUGGGGCCCGCACCACGCGCUCAUCCUCUGCUUCUGGUUCGGCCGCUUCGCCUUCAGCCCGGCCACCUACGCCUGCCGCCUGGCCUCGCACUGCCUCGCCUACGCCAACUCCUGCCUCAACCCGCUCGUCUACGCGCUCGCCUCGCGCCACUUCCGCGCGCGCCUCCGCCGCCUUUGGCCCUGUGGCCGCCGCCACCGCCACCGCCACCGCCGCGCCCGGGCUCCCCCGGGUGCCCGUCGCCGCGUCCGCCCCGCCGCCUGCCCCGGGGACGCCCGGCCUCGCGGGAAGCUGCCGGCGGGCGGCGGCCGGGCUGGCGAUCCGGGGGAAGGGCCCGCCCGCGCCUUAGAGGCUGGACGACGAGCCCCGUCUGCCCCAGGACCGGAAUGA